AUGGCCCCGCCGUCCACCGCCGCGGCGCCGGGCGCCAACGGCGUGCUGCCCGUGCCUGCCGCCGCCCUGCAGAAAAACACCGGCCCAGCCCAAGCCAACGGUGCGCCCCGCAGCGCCGCGAAUCGCUCCCACCAGCCGCGCCUCAAGCUUGUCGUGCGUCGCCUUGCCCCCGGCCUCACCCAGCAGGAGUUCGAGCUCGCGCUGGGCGAUGACUGGAAGCUGGGCCAGGGCAGGGUUGAUUGGUUCACCUACAAGCCCGGCAAGAUUUCCAAAGAUCUGGCGAAGCCUUCGAAGCCAUCUCGCGCCUAUUUUCACCUGACUGAUCAAGCCCAUGUCAUCCCUCUCGCCGACAAGGUGCGCAAGUCUGCCUUUAACGACGCGAAGAACUCAACACGAGACCCCGCCCUGAUCGGUGCCCCGACCCUUGACGUCGCCCCCUUCAGCCGCACCCCUGGUGGACGCCGCCGCAAUGAUGCCCGCCAGGGCCUCAUCGACCAAGACCCAGAGUUCAAAGACUUUCUCGAAAGCCUCACCAACCCUGUCUCGAAGCCUGCCCCGGUUGAUAAUGCGGUUGAGGAUACGACUGCGAAGAAGGAGGACGUCAAGACGACCCCGCUGAUAGAGCAUCUGCGGGAGAAGAAGGCCGCAAAGGAAAAACCGCAAGCCUCCAAGGGUCAGGGCAAGCAUGCCAGGGGAGAGUCCAAGGAGGAAAAGGCAGCUUCCAAGUCUGACAAGAAGAGCCGCAAGGGCGGAAAGGAAGAGAAGGGCAGCAAGCAAUCUAAGUCUGAGAAAGCUGCGAAGGAAUCCACCCCGAAGGAGGUCAAAAUCUUAAACAAGAAGAGCACGGAAGCUGAAAAGACGGACGAAAACAAGACUCCUGCUCCUAACGCGCCCGCUUCAGAGCGCAAACGUGAACGUGGCAGCACUAGCAUUGCUAAGCAGAUGCUCCAGCGAGACCUAGGUAUUGGCCCUGCUGCCAGUAGCCGGCGUGGCCGUCGAGACACAGCGCAAGAACCGGCGAAGGCGGCUGAGACCACGACACCCAAGGAAUCCGCUGCUGCAUCACCGGCUUCAUCUUCACCUGCUACCAAGGAUAGUACUACCGCUACGCCCUCCAAUGCUCCCAAGGCAGGCGCGGAGUCUCGCUCCGGCAAGAAAGAUUCUCGUCCCACACGUGCGGAACGUCGUGCUCAGAAGGCUGCAAAGGCAAAUGCAGAGGCAACCGCUGCUGAUCAGGCCAAGCCAGCUACAGCUCCCAUGCCGCCCACUGGGCCUAAAAUACUCAAGAAGCCCCAGAACGCACAGCAACAGGCCACACCCGCCAACGACGGUUCAGCCAACGCUCCCCCGCCCAGAGCACCCACCGGUCCAGCCGCUCAACAGAAUUCGCCCAGCGCUUCGCGCCCCAAUUCUUCCCGCAAGGCCAAUAACAACGCUGCUGCUACCCCUGCUGCCGCCGCAUCUGCACCCACUGCCGCCGCCACCGCUCGCCAAGCUUUCCUUAAGCACGCCAACCCCUCACAGGGCAUCACAGAGCCGCUCAUCGAAGCCGCCCUCUCCGCCUUCGGCGCCAUCGACAAGGUCGAGAUCGACAAGCGCAAGGGCUUCGCGUACGUCGACUUCAAGGAGCCCGAUGGCCUCCAGAAGGCCAUCCAGGCCAGUCCCGUCAAGAUUGCCGAGGGUGCCGUUCAGGUACUUGAACGCAAGGAUAAGACGCCCGCUCAGCGCGCACCGAGGGUGCCACCUGCUGGUCCAGCUGCGGCUGGCGGCCCAAUUAUGGGAGGAGGUGGUGGCGGCAGCGGUGGCAGCAGCAGUGGCGGUGCUGGUGGCCGGGCUGGGUUCAGAGGCGGGCGUGGCGGGCGUGGCCAUGGUAGCGGCGGUGGCGGUGGUGGUGCAAACGCAUCUACUGCCAAUGCUGCUGGUAACACUGCCACUGCCACUACUCCAGCUGCUGCUGCUCCCAAGGCUCAGGCUGCCGCUGCCGACACCCCGUCUUAA